AUGGAUGGUGAAGUAGAUACAGUUGAAAUAGAAAAUUUGACAUCGGUCUUUUCAAGUGAUGCAACUCUUGUCCUAGCAAACAAUGAAAGAGUUAAAAUGCCAGAUUCGAUGCGUGUAUUUUGGGAAAUGGAACAUCUACUGCAUUUAAGUCCGGCUACAAUGGCUUCAGUAGGUGUUUUAUGUAUGUCAGAAGAUGAUGUUACUUGGGAACUACUUAUUGAAAACUGGCUAUUGCAACGACCAGCAGCUAUUCGUGGUUUACUUGAACAACUUUGUAACAAGUACAUUAAAUCAACGUUAAAUUACAUUAAAACUGGUUUCGAUGAAGCUGAAAGCUUACCACAAGUACCAUUAAAAUAUGUUGUGCCUAUGAAGGAUGCUAACAUGAUUGACACAUUAUGCUCAUUAAUGGAAAUAUUAACUGGUGAUUCAGUUGAUUUGAAUGCAAUUGCAUAUGAACAUUAUUUCAACUUUUCGUGUAUCUGGGCCUUUGGUGGAACAUUAAUUGAAAUUCAUCGAGAAUGCUUUAAUCGAUUUUGGAGAAAUAAGUGGGAUAUUAAAUUGCCACCUGAAGGUGAAGUGUGGGACUAUUAUGUGAGUAAUGAUACUGAUGCAUUCGAAUUCUUAAGUUGGUACGAAACAGUUCCACAGUACGUCAAGCCUGUCAAUAGAGGAAUUCCAUCAGACGCUUUCGUACCCACUGUUGAUACCGAACGAUUAAAUUUCUUAAUAGCAACAUUAUGCGAUGCCGGUAAAUCGGUUCUUUUAGUUGGUGAAGCAGGUUGUGGUAAAACUGCCUUAGUGAAGGAAAGAUUAAGAUCAGAUAGCGGUAAUAUGGCUGAAGUAUUAACCUUAACUGUACACUGUAAUAAGUUUACGACAUCUGAGGUCUUAUGGAAGCAAUUAGACAGUUGUCUCGAAUGGAAAUCGGGUAAAAUAUACGUACCUAAAAGAAAUAAGAGUCUGCUAUGCUUAGUUGAUGAUCUUAAUACGUCGAAAACUGAUAAUAUUAGAAGUCAAUCUGCCUGUGAACUAUUACGGCAACAUAUUGAUUAUGGUGGUAUUUGUGACCCUGUAACACUCGACUGGCGCAUAAUUAAUAAUGUUACCUAUAUUGUGACUUAUAAUCCCGAUGCUAUAAGCACUAAACCAAAGCUAACACCGCGACUAUUGCGCCAUUUUGCUACUAUCUAUUAUCCGCAUCCAAAAUCAGAAGAAUUGCACACGAUUUAUUCUGGUUUACUUUAUGCUCACUUUUUAAAAACUGACCAAAUUUUACGUUCGAUAUUAUCAUCUAUCGUUAAUGUUACAAUAGAAGUACAGAAUAAAAUGCGAACAAUGUUUCUACGAACUUCAAGCCGUUGUCAUUAUUUAUUUACUAUGAGAGAUCUAACUUUAAUCUUCAGAAAUUUAUGCCUUUCGUUAGGCCCCGGCUGUCCGUCUCGUGACUUACUGCUAUUGUGGAAACAUGAAUGUUAUUGGAUUUAUGCUCAUCGAUUAGUUUCUGAGGUAGACGAAGAAAGAUACAACCAAGCUUUUAUUACAGCAGCACGUAAAGAGUUCUCUAAGGAAGAUCAACUUAAUCUUGCCUUAUCUCCAAUUCCUGUAUUUACUAACUUAGAAAGUAAUUGGGGCGAUUUCUAUCAUCCAUGUAAUGAUAUCCCUGGUAUUAGAGCAUUACUCCGGCAUGGCUUAGAUGAAUACAACAAAAACAACCCAAGAAUUGAUCUUACAUUUUAUGAUGGUGUUGUUACCCAGGUUUGUCGCUUAGUUAGAAUCUUACAGUCACCACACGAAUGUGGCCAUGCUCUCAUGGUUGGGGCAGGAUGUUCAGGUAUUGCAUCACUUGUAGCACGACUUGCAGCAUAUUUGUGCACAUUUAUAGUUUAUCAAAUCAAUCCAUCUUGCAUGUUAAUGGGCGGAAAAUACGAUGUAGCUACCUUCAAGGAUGAUUUGGUAGAAGCUUAUACAAAUGCAGGCGUAAAAGGAGAGAAAAUUAUGCUAUUAUUAAUGGAAUCAGAGUUAUUAAGCAAUGAUUUCUUAGUCUAUAUUAGUGAAUAUCUAGUCUCUGGUUCUAUUACUCAUUUAUUUACAAUAGAACAAUAUACUAGCAUUAUUAAUGCAAUUCGUACCGAAGUUACCCAGGCUGGAUUGCAUUAUUCGCCUGAUGUUGCUUGGCAAUUUUUUCUGCAAAAAAUUCGACGUAAUUUACAUGUUGUCAUCAUUAUUCCAUCGAUUGGUUCUCGUUUAAGGACAAUAUGUAAUGAAUUCCCUUCCUUAAUCAAUAAUAUUGCAUUUAUGUGGUAUGGGCAUUGGUCACGUGAGAAGUUAGUAUGCAAUGCGAUGCAUCAUUUAAAAAAUAUUAAACAGUUGACUACCAAAGAUCAAGAAAAUUUAGCUCACCUAAUGGCAUCGAUGCAUCUAUCAAUUCGUCAUCAUGAUGAUAGUGUUUAUGAUGGCGGUACAUAUGGUCAUAUUACAAAUUAUACUUUCGAAAAGUUUGUUGAACGAUUCUGUGACAUGACCGCUAAACGAUUCUCUGAUAUUUCGAAGGAAAAGUCUAAAAUUGAGGCUGCAUUAGAUAAGAUUACUACGGUAUCGAAAUUGGCUGCUGAGCUGAAAUUGCAACUUGAUCAUGAACUGGUGGUUCUGGAAGAAAGGAAAGAUGGCGCUAGUAAACUUUUAUUUCAGAUUGGUCAAGAUACCGCUAUAUCUGAAGAACAAGCUAAAUUAGUACAAAAGCAACACAAUAAAAUCCAGCAAUUGAAAAAGAAUUUACCCGAAUAUCAGGUAGCAUUUGAGAAAGCUGAGUUUAAAGCCAGGGCUAUUGUGACUGAAACAAAAAAACUACUUAACGACGUUGAUACAACGAGUUUAAGUGAGUUAAGAGCACUACAAAAACCUGAACCAGAAGUAGAGGAUUUAUUGGCAGCCGUAAUAAUGAUUGUCAAAACUCCAGCAUCAGACUUGACGUGGAGUAAAGGUGCUAAGCGAUUAAUGGCUAAUCUUGAUCGAUUUUUAGGUGAGUUGUCCACGUUUAAUGAAAGUGAAUUACCAGAGAGUACUCUUGCCUUAUUGGAACCAUACUUAAGAAAACCUUACUUUACGCCCGAUCAUUAUGAUAAAAUUGGGUUGCCCGCGGCAAGUUCUUUGUGCAUGUGGGUUCGUAGUGUUGUGCGCUAUCAUCGUAUGAUGCAUCAUAAAGUUUUACCAUUAGAAUUGAAAGUGAAAAAUACCGCUGCAGCUGUUAAUUUAGCAACUGAUCGCCUUAAUAGCAUGGAAUCAAAAGUAGCUGUAUUUACUGAGAGAUUAGCUGGCCUUGGAAAAGGUUUUGAGGAAGCUUCCAUAGAUAAAAUUGAACAAUUACAGUAUACAACUAGUUUAAGUAAGCAGUUGGAAAAAGCGGAAUACUUCCUAUCUGUCUUGCAUGAACAAAAGAUAAAUUGGGAACAAGACUUAAGUAUUAUUAAAGCAUGUCAAGAAAAUAUUGUAGGUGGCAUUAUUACGGCUACUGCUUCUGCCUGUUAUCUUGGACCUUUAGAUCCAUUAUUCCGGCAAGAUAUGUUAAUGGUUCACUGGCCACAAUGUUUAAAAGAACGAGGUAUACCUUUAGUUAUUGACGGAAUUGAUUAUACUGAAUUUUGUCGAUUUCUUGCGUCUUUGCUUGUUGGUGAUGAGAAACUUCGUAAAUGGCUCACGAAAGGUUUUGGUAUGAAUAAAUUGGCUCUUGGUGCUAUUAUGGCAUCGUCUUGGCAACGAACCCCGCUCUUUAUCGAUCCACAUGGGCAAGCGGAAACUAUAAUUCGGGAUUUGGAGAGCCCAAACGAUUUAGUUGUGGUCGAUAUGGGACUAGCCAAUCUUAUGUCUCUUCAUCACAUCGAGAAAGCAAUAAUUGCUGGGAAAUCCGUUUUGUGUACUAAUAUUGGAGAAACAAUCGAUUCAAUGCUAAUGCCAUUAAUCAAUCACCAUAGAAAUAUUGUUACCGAUCAAUCUGUGGUCAAAUUCAACAAUCGCUACAUCUUAUGUCAUAAAAUGUUCAGAUUAUACUUAUCAACCAGCCUAGCCAAGCCUAAUUUUAGCACUGAAGUUGCCUCUUUAGUGACUUUGAUAAAUUAUACAACGUCAAGAGAAGGCCUCGAAGAAAUACUCAUACAAAGAAUAUUUGAACAUAUUCAGCCGACCCUUAACAAAGAAUGGCGUUUAACAUUAAGUGUUGGUGAACAAUUAAUCGAAUUUUUGCACAAUCUCAAUGAAAAAUUGUUUGCGAGAUUGAUUAACAAGGAAGGCGUACAUAUAUGGGAUGAGAUAAGCUAUAUAGCUGAUGCUGUUGUUUGUAAGCGAAAAGUUACCCAUAAUCUUUAUAAUGCAAUGCAACUAUCACUUCAAAUACGAAGUAUUCGAGAAGACAUGCAUACUUUAGCAUCUCAAUCGGCAUCUAUUUUAACUAUCAUUGAUUUAUUAUCGCAUUUACAUCAUGAGUACCGUUAUUCACUGCCUCAGUUGUUAGAGGUAUUCGAUAUUGCAUUACCACAACAUGAAAUUGAUGAAAAAGUUAUU